AUGCAACCUCGAGUAUCGUGUUUUUGCUGCCUCAAACUCGGUCGUCACGAACCGUCCCUGACCUCUGACGACCAGACCGCAAACCGCUCCCGCCCCAGCAGAAGCACCCAGCGGGGUCAUGCUCUGAGCCCUUUACGGCGGCAAUGCGCCCGCGCGGGCUCGCGACGUCCCUCGACGGCAUCGCUGCGGCCCCGAACGCCCAGCACGACUCGCGAAUUUUCGUCUGGCUCCUCGGGCCAGCGGCCGCGAUUCUCCCAGCGAUUAGGCGAGGCGCUUCGCAAGACCAAGAUUACAUGGUAUCAUAUUCCUGUCGGCCUUGGCGUGGGAUUCCUCGGCUUCGUCCAGUUCUACAAGGUCCAGGCGCGGGAACGUGAGAGACAAGAAGGCGGCGAAAAGCCAAAGCCUCGACCUAGAAUACAACCAGAGGGACCAUGGCAAGUUCGGGUCAUGUCUACUCUGCCUCUCAAGGCGAUCUCCCGCAUCUGGGGAAAAUUCAACGAAUUGACGAUACCCUACUACCUACGUGUUCCUGGAUUUAAGCUAUACUCUUGGGUUUUCGGAGUCAACCUCUCUGAAGUCUCCGAACCCGAUCUACACAUAUACCCCAACCUCGCAGCCUUUUUCUACCGCACGCUGAAGCCCGGUGCGCGACCUCUUGACCCCGAUCCGCAAGUGCUCCUGUCACCAUCGGAUGGCAAGAUUCUGCAAUAUGGACAAAUCGACGGCGGCAACAUUGAGCAGGUCAAGGGCAUGACGUACACUGUCGACGCUCUACUCGGAAAGCACACGCCGAGCCCCAGCAUGUCCAGCGCAUCAUCUAUCCGCAGCGGCGACAGCACACCCAAACCGCGAGAGCACGAAGGCGACGAGGAUGUCGUCGGCAAGGAGGAAGAGUUCGCACGCGUCAACGGCAUUUCCUACACGCUUCCCGAUUUCUUGACCGGCCAAAAGGAGCCCACACACGACGACGCAGCGAACCGCGCCGGCGCUGUCGAGGACCAGUCGACGCAGUCGUCGCAGAGGGCCGUCUCCGAGGUUCGCGCGGACCUGGCCCUCGGCGAGCGUGCGUGGUACGAUAUCCUGCCCCGCGACAAGGCCACCUCGCUGUACUACGCCGUCAUCUACCUCGCGCCGGGCGACUACCACCGCUUCCACUCGCCGACCAACUGGGUCGUGGAGCGCCGGCGCCACUUUGCCGGCGAGCUGUACAGCGUGUCGCCGUACCUGCAGCGCACGCUGCCCGGUCUCUUCACGCUCAACGAGCGCGUCGUGCUUCUCGGCCGCUGGCGCUGGGGCUUCUUCGGUUACGUCCCCGUCGGCGCCACCAACGUUGGCUCCAUCAAGGUCAACUUUGAUCGCGAGCUGCGCACCAACAGCCUCACCACCGACACUGCCGCCGACCUCGCCGCCGACGAGGCCGCCAGCCGCGGCGAGCCGUACUCGGGCUUCGCCGAGGCUACCUACGAGUCAGCCAGCCCCGUCCUCCACGGCCACGCCCUCCGCCGCGGCGAGGAGAUGGGCGGAUUCCAGCUCGGCAGCACCAUUGUCCUCGUCUUCGAGGCGCCCACCACCGACGACGGCAAGGGUUGGGAGUGGAAGGUCGAUAAGGGCCAGACUGUCAAGAUGGGACAGGCCCUCGGUCGUGUGAAUGAAGAGUAG